CAAAAAUCGUCUGGUCAGCGACACCGUAGCGACCUUCUCGCCCAAAUCGGCUCCCUGAAAUUCCCUCCAAUUACACCACCCCCUCCCAAACCCUAAUCCCCAAUUUCUCAUCUCACUCCUCCCUUUUUCUCAUACAUAAACUAAUCGCCUCGUUUUUCUGCCCUAAUCUUGUUCGAAUUCAACCUAUAAUCCAUCCCCGAUUCAGCUUCACUUCUCUUUGCAGCGAAUUUCGUUGCUUUAGUUGGUUGAUCGCGCUUCGGAUUCAGCUGCGGCACCAAUUCAAGUCUGGUAUUUGUGAUGAUCCAAAGACGUUAAGAGUUUGUUGAUAGAGAGUAAUGGGUAGCAGCGAGAUGGAUAAACCAGCUAAAGAAAAAGAGAAGGAGUCGAAGCCGACGCCUCCUGCUACUACUACUCAGGAGCAGCAGUCUGCUACCACUAGCGCUGGAACUGUCAAUCCUGAUUGGUCGGGAUUUCAGGCAUAUUCUCCUAUGCCUCCACAUGGGUUUAUGACAUCAAAUCCCCAAGCUCACCCUCACCCUCACCCAUAUAUGUGGGGAGUUCAGCAUAUUAUGCCUCCAUACGGUACUCCUCCCCACCCAUAUGUUGCGAUGUAUCCCCAUGGCGGUUUAUAUGCUCACCCAACCAUGCCUCCAGGAUCUUACCCUUUCAGCCCUUUUGCUAUGCCCUCGCCAAAUGGGAUUGUCGAGGCUUCUGGUAACACACCUGGCACCAUAGAAGGAGAUGGAAAGCCAUCUGAGGGUAAGGAUAAGUUACCGAUCAAAAGAUCAAAAGGAAGCCUUGGAAGUUUAAACAUGAUUACCGGAAAGAAUAAUGAGCUUGCUAAACCAUCAGGAGCCUCGGCUAAUGGAGUUUAUUCCAAGAGUGCUGAGAGUGGCAGCGAAGGCACAAGUGAAGGAAGCGAUGCAAAUUCUCAGAGUGACUCACAACUGAAGUCAGGAGGAAGGGGAGAUUCAUUGGAAGGUGAUGCAUCUCAGAAUGGUGGUUCUGCACAUAAUUCUCAGAAUGGAACACCAAAUUCUCACACAGUGUUAAACCCCGCAAUAGCAAUGGUGCCAAUUACAGCUGCUGGUGCUCCAGGUGCUGUUUCUGGUCCUGCAACAAACCUAAAUAUCGGGAUGGACUAUUGGGGUGCCCCAUCUUCUGCCAUGCCUGCAAUCCGUGGGAAAGUUCCCACUACUCCAGUUGCUGGAGGGCUUGUUACUCCAGGAUCUCGGGAUGGUGCUCAGUCACAGCUCUGGUUACAAGACGAAAGAGAGCUUAAACGACAGCGGAGAAAGCAGUCGAAUAGGGAAUCCGCUCGCCGUUCUAGGUUACGCAAGCAGGCUGAAUGUGAUGAGCUGGCCCAGCGUGCUGAAGUUCUAAAAGACGAAAAUGCCACACUCAGAUCAGAAGUUAACCGCAUCAGGAGUGAGUAUGAGCAGCUUCUUUCAGAGAAUGCCUCCUUGAAGGAGAGGCUUGGAGAAAUUCCUGGGCAUGAAGACCUGAGAUCUGGUUGAAAUGACCAACAUUUCGGCAAUGACACUAAUCAGAUUGCACAAGCAGAACUGCAUGGUGGUCACUAGGAUGAGUAACCCAGCUUUAUGCUGCUUCUGGCACAACCUAACCAACUAGCAACAGGAAGUUUAUCUUUUUAUAGAUUGUAGUUUGACUUUUUGUUUAAGUUAACGUUCCAUAUUUUAGGAUCAUGUUUAUUUUCAUAUCAUCCUUUAUUUAUGAUUUGGGCCACCUUCAAGAGUUGAUGCCCUACGAUGAUAUGUUGAGAGUCUUCAGUGUGAAGUGUAUGUCAUACCCUUGUUUCAUAAGGGUAGCUAGUGUUCACACUUUGUCCAUAUAUUUAUUAAGCAAAUUAUGAAUGGUAAAUGUGUAACUUGGGAGAAUUGAUUUACUGAGGUAUGCUACUCUUACAUGAGUCUUCACUUGUAAAGUUUUCUACCUAUUGUUAUAUUGUUAACAACUUAACAUUGCUUGA